CCAUUUUCCCACUUGAAAGAACAAAGCGGACGUAGUCCAGCCCUGGCAUAUGACGUAACGACGCAUAGUGACCUCACGACGUGCAGCCCGCGAGCGGCUGCGUACAUUCCCUGCGAGACUGUGCGAGGUCUGCUGUCAGUCACUGGGAGACCGCCAUGUCCAAAGAGCAACAGACCCCCCGUGAGCCUGAGCAGCUCCGAAAGCUCUUUAUCGGGGGUCUCAGUUUCGAGACAACAGAUGAGAGUCUAAGGGCCCAUUUCGAGCAAUGGGGAACUCUUACAGACUGUGUGGUGAUGAGGGACCCCAACACAAAGAGGUCGAGGGGUUUUGGGUUUGUGACCUACAGUUCGGUAGGUGAGGUGGAUGCAGCGAUGGACGCUCGUCCGCACAAAGUGGAUGGAAGAGCUGUUGAACCCAAGAGGGCAGUUUCUAGAGAAGACUCGUCCAAACCAGGCGCUCACUCCACUGUUAAAAAGAUUUUUGUGGGCGGAAUCAAAGAAGACACGGAUGAGGAACACUUGCGGGAAUAUUUCGGCCAGUUUGGUAAAAUUGAAGAAGUGAACAUCAUGACAGAGAAGAACAGUGAUAAGAGGAGGGGUUUCGCCUUCAUAACAUUUGAUGACCAUGACUCUGUUGACAGGAUUGUCAUUCAGAAGUACCAUACGGUGAAUGGACACAACUGUGAAGUCAGGAAAGCUCUGUCCAGAGAGGAAAUGAACAGAGUCUCAAUGAAUCCACGAGGUGGGCGAGGGGGUGGUGGCGGAAACUUUGGCAGAGGAGGUGGAUAUGGAGGAGGUGGCUAUGGAGGAGGAGGAGGCGGUGGAGGAAGAGGAGGUUAUGGAGGAGGUGAUGGUGGAUAUAAUGGCUACGGAGGGAAUGGCGGCUAUGGUGGAGGCGGACCUAAUUAUGGUGGUAACCGCGGUUAUGGAGGUGGCGGCGGCGGCGGUGGUGGCUAUGGAAACCAGGGUGGAGGCUAUGGUGGCGGCGGUGGCGGCUAUGAUAACUACAACAAUGGUGGUGGAGGCAACUUUGGAGGAGGCAACUUUGGAGGUGGAGGUGGUGGAGACUACAAUGACUUUGGCAACUACAACCAGUCUUCCUCUAACUAUGGCCCAAUGAAGGGAGGAAACUACGGAGGUGGUGGAAGGAGCGGCGGCGGUGGCCCAUAUGGUGAUGCGAUAAAAUUCCAGCAACAGGCAAUUUGUCCGUCUACAGCAGACGAGACGCAACUACAGGACAUGACAAAAUCAGUCAAAAAUCACAGCCAAUCAGAAGAAUUGGUGUGGGCGGAGCUCUUUCAGCAAGCGCACUGCACUCGCACAUUAUCAAAUUCAAAUGUUACAUUAUUUUAGCAUUAUUAAAAAAAACGUAAUGAGUGACUGAAAACAUCUUUGUCAUAGAAUACACUUGUUUGUUUUUGUUUCCUUUAUUUUCAGUAUCUGAGGUGAAUUAUCCAUUGACACUUUGAGUAUGGCUCUAAAGGUCACACUAAAUGAUAGUCAAACUCACUUUAUCUGCUUUAUUUAAUGUUAAAAGAAUUUAAUCAGUACCUGAUAUUAUCAUUGUCAUACUUUGUAUGUUGUUGUUCCAGCAGGGACGUCGCAGAAAUACAAACCACUUUUAAAAGAGAAUCCCCUGUCGUUCCUUUCACAUUGCCGUCGAGGCUAGUUCAGACAAAAAGUCUGGUUAAAAUGGAAAAGAUACCUUUUACCACGUGUCGCAUGUGGUUAGGACACGGUGUAGGGCUCUAAGUUGGGAUGUUUUGAAGUUACAAAAGUAUCAAUAAUGGAACUAUUAUGAUUGAA